CAACAACCCCCAAUCUACAAAAUGAGUGCUGCGUUGGUUGUUUUACCAGUGCUGUAACGUCUGAGUUUGAGUUCACACGAGAAAUAAAGCGGUUACAAUAGUAAUAAUUCGACGUUGAGGGCUUAUUUAUCUGCUACCUGGCCUGUGGUUCUGGGUGGCUAUCUUGCUAAGUUGCUUCGAAGACUUAAGUGACAUUUACGUUAAUUCAUUCAUCCAUAACAAUGGCAGCGCAGGAUUUUAAUUUCUUGCUUGCGACGGAUUCUUACAAGAUCACACACUACAAACAGUAUCCUCCAGAUGUCAGCAAAAUCUACUCCUACUUUGAAUGCAGACGCAAGAAAGGCUCCCAGUUUAGUGAAGUGGUGUUCUUUGGUCUUCAGUAUCUGCUGAAGAAGUACCUCACAGGCCAAGUGGUCACAGAGGAGAAGAUUCAGGAAGCCAAACUCUUCUACCAGAUGCACUUCAAACAGGCUGUGUUUGAUGAAGAAGGCUGGAGGAAAGUCCUGGAGAAACAUGAUGGUCGUCUUCCUAUCCGGAUCAAAGCCGUCCCUGAGGGCAGGAUCAUACCAAGAGGCAAUGUGCUCUUCACUGUGGAAAACACAGAUCCCAACUUCUACUGGCUCACCAACUACAUCGAGACCAUGCUGGUGCAGAUGUGGUAUCCCAUCACCGUAGCCACCAUAUCCAGGGAAUUUAAGAAGAUUCUGGCCAAGCAUCUGAAGGCCACCUCGGGGAGCCUGGAAGGCCUGGACCUGAAACUGCAUGACUUUGGCUAUAGAGGAGUCUCCUCACAGGAGUCUGCAGCAUUAGGUGGUGCAGCUCACCUGGUUAAUUUCUGCAGUACAGACACAGUAGCUGGGCUGCUGAUGGCUCAGCGAUACUAUGGCUGCCCAAUGGCUGGCUUCUCCAUUCCAGCAGCAGAGCACAGUACCAUCAUCUCUUGGGGGAGGAGCAGGGAGAAGGAGGCAUUUGAGCGACUCCUGGACCAGUUCUCCUCAGGGCCGGUGUCAGUGGUCAGUGACAGCUACGACAUCUUUAAUGCCUGUAAACACAUCUGGGGAGAAAAGCUGAAAGAGCGAGUCAUGGAACGCAGCCAGGACUCAUGCCUGGUCAUCCGGCCGGACUCUGGGGACCCAGCAGAGACUCUUAUUGAGGUCAUCAAGAUUUUGGAGGACUGUUUUGGCUGUUCGAUGAAUUCUCUGGGAUACAAGGUUCUGCCCUCUUACCUGCGAAUUAUUCAAGGAGACGGCAUUGACCUCAACUCAAUAGACGAGAUUCUUGAGAAGGUGAGUGAUGAAGGCUGGAGUGCUGAGAACGUCUUCUUUGGUUGCGGCAGCGCUUUGCUUCAGAAACUCAACAGAGAUACACUCAGCUGUGCCUUCAAGUGCAGCUAUGUGGAGAGUAAUGGCAAGGGGAUGGACGUGUACAAGCAGCCGGUGACCGACCCAUCCAAAGGGUCAAAGAGGGGUCGAUUAUCACUGAGGAGAAACUCUAAUGGCUUCUUAGAGACAAUAGAGAGAGGGGCAGGCAAGCCUGAGGAGGACCUGCUGGUGACUGUCUUUGAGAAUGGAAGCCUGGUGAAGGACUACUCCCUGGAGGAGAUCAGGAAGAACGCUCGGCUAAGGGACGAGGAGGUGAACACCAUCCCGCACAACCAUGAACAGGAGCUGCUGCACAAUCACAUUAUCAACGGGAUUCAUUAGGUCAAAGCCUCUCAUAAUGCAUAGGAUAAUUCAGUGUUUAACAGGGUGUACUGCAAUGAAGACUGCUGUGGAGAGUGAAAAGCUGUGUCUUACAGCACUCACCACCAAGCACUCCCACCUGCACUUCAUCCUAAGGAGAUCAGUGGUAACAUUGUUUUCAGGUAGAUCAACUUCAUUCCCUUUUUCCUCUGGCCAGACACUCCACACAGUGAACGGUGUGGGCAGACAGCUACACUGCCCUGUCACAGCCAUGGCCAGAACUCAAGCUCAGGGUCAAAUAUGAUAAGCUAAGUCAAUCCAUGAAGGAAAGGAAAAAACUUAAAGAUACAUUUCCUGAGUUUGGGGCUGCUACAACAAAUUUAAGAUGUGCAUCUUUAAAUAUAUUUUCAGAAUAUGCAGUUUCUGAGAAUUUUCAGGCCAAAAAUGUGCUAAAACUUCCAAAUGUCUAAGAAGAUUCUCAGUUAUCCAGGUCAUAGUUAUUCAACAAAGGUUAAAAUCAAGGGCAACUGGACUUGUUGCCCUUGAUUUUUAUCUUUUAUUAUUUUUAACAGUAUUACUGAUAGUAAUAGUGCUACAUCAUCAGGUAUGGGUGACACUGAGUGCUUGAUAUACAAUAUUUAAUUUAACGUCAGUGUCAGCCUCAAAUAUCAGCAGAAGAGUGUUUUCGCCAGGCCAACAUUCUGCCCUUUAGUUUGGUGUACAGUUAAUACACAAAGAGAUGACAACACUGACCAGCUGUGCAAAAUAAGUGAAGAGGGCUGCGCUGCACUGCCACAGUGUGGACAUAAAAACAAAGUCAACAAAGCCAUAGCCGUUCUGUUUCACUGGUCCACAAAGCACACUCUAUGGAACCCAAAGUGUUUAAUAUAAAGUACAUUUAAAAAAGACAUAAUGAAAUACAUAAUCAUAAGAAUAAAUUGUGUAAGAUAUAAUAAUGAACCAAAAAAUCAUUGAAUCACAAAUAUUCAGACAUUCAUUUUCAUAACUGAAUUUUAUUGGAUAUCAUUUUUAUUUCAUUGUAGACAUUCUUAUUUCAAAUGCCCUUUUUCAAAAGUCUGCUUUUAGUUUGUAAUGUCUUUCCAUGACAGUGGCAUUGUCAACAGUCACCGCCCUUUAUCUUUCAGCCAAUCACCUACCUCCCUGCCUGCUACCACAUGUAGCCAGCGAGCUCAACACCUGCUACCACAUGUAGCCAGGGAGCUCCUGUUAGCUGGAGCAACAACAAUGCCAAUUCUGUAUCAUACAGCUAGAGACUGCUGCUGUAAAGAAACAGACACUUAAGCCAAGGGCAUUUUUUAUGAAAAUAAAAAUGAUGCAGUUAUUUUACUUUAUACUUUAUUUACUUUAUAAUUAUUAAUAAAUUAGUAUUAAUAAUGUCAUGUUUCACGAAUUAUAAAUUAUAUAUUUGACACAGUUUGUUCAUAUAACAAUUUAUUUUAUAAGUACUUAAUUAGGUCGUAGUAAAUAUUAUUUAGUACAUAUUUAAUAUUUAACACUUUGGGGGGAGUCCUUUUCAUGUGUAGAGACAUAAAGGUUUUUGAAGACAGUUAUUGAUAGUAGUAACACACUCUGGAGGUGUUUUUUGACCUUUUGGGUUGGUUUCAGUGGCUCUGCUGUAAGACACACUGUAAAGGCACAUUUCACUACUCUCAUCUGCUUGCACAGAAUUGACGUAUCUGUCACUUGUGAUUUCAGUCUGUUUUUAAAAAGGUGGCACAUUAAUUCAGUACAAUUGUUUAUUGUCUCUCCAUGUUAUGACAUUAUGAUCUAGAUAAGUGACUAGUGUAAAGUGUUUAAUUUAGGCCUGUUAUUGUGCACUACUGAACUUACUGCCUUAUGUAGUAAAAUAUACUGGAUGUUGGAUAUGAUUUGAUAUUUGCAAACUGGAUUGGGGAAACGCCUCUGUGGGUCAUCCCUAGAUGAAAUAAUACAAAUACAUGCUGGUAGGGUAAACAGGUUUGAUCAGUUGGCAAAUGAACUAAUGGACAUGAAGCGAAACAUUCUACAGAUUCGGUCAGUCUCUGAUGUCCACUGCAUUUCUCCUGUUAUUUUAUGAUGAAGUUUAAGUCUUUAAAUGCCAAUGUUUCCUUAACUUGCCUUGUCUACUUGACUUGGAAGUAUUUUAUUUCCCAAAAUGCCUGUCAACAGCUUCUACACUAGGAGCAUUAUUACUUCAGAUUAAAGAGGCGCAAAUAGUUUUGCAGACCCAUUAAAAAUAAAUAAACCCAUGUAUCUCCAUGCAGACUGCAUUUUCGACAAGUAUUCAGACUGAUGCAAUGAGUAUAAAUGUGUCAUCUGAUUACCUGCCUUAACCAACCUACUGUGUGAUGUAAAAUAUUCAAACACUGUGCUCCUUGCUAUUGUAUUGGGGCGGUAGCAACGUAGAAAAUGCUGCCUAUUUUUUCAGCAACAAGUCAGUUCUGUCAGUGACAACAGAUGCAAGUGAGCUACAGAAGGUGCUGACAAAUGAAAGAGGAAGAAGUACUCAUUUAUGUUUUGAGGGGUUGAACUUUAAAAUAACCUAUAGGCCUGGUUUUUAGAUGAAUUCUAUCUUUUGAGAAAAGCUGCUAUAAUGCUGUUUUUUAAUUCAUCGAACACAUACUCCAAAAAUACUGCUGCUUUCUUUGGCUGUUUAUUGUAAGUGUUGAUCCUUCCUACUCUCUUUUCAUGCCCUUUUAUUUUCUGUUAACAUAAGGGUCUUAUUUUAAUAUUCAGCAACAAAUUCCACAAUAAUCAGUUGUGUUCAGUUUCAGACUGCAAGCCAAAGCCUGUUUAUAUUUGAUUUUAUUGCUGAUGGCUGGUCUAUACGGAUUAGUGAUAUUAAUGAAGUAGAGUAGUGACGCAGUUUGCCGCCAACACUGUGACACAGUUUGCCACCAACACUGGACCACACAUGGUUUACCUCUUGUGUAGUACCAGCACUAAUGCUGUAUAUAAUAAUAUUUUGUAAAUAUUCAUUUUAAAAUGAUUUCAUUCUAACUGAUCUGUUCCUUUUUAAAUGUUCUGUAUCGGGGUUUUUUGGGUUGGGGCUUGUUUUAAAAUCUGACCUUUUGUAAGAUUAAAAAUGACCUUCAACACUUUCACAUGGGGUGAGUUACUUUGCUAAACUGAAAACAUGCCAAGUUGUCCGGAACACUAGAAAGAUAAACUGUUAUUUUACUGAGUGACCAGAAAAUAGAACCCAUGUAUUUUAACACACUGGAGGUGAGCAACUCAGCCUCAGAGGCAAAACACUCGUUCUUGGAAUGCUAAGUACACCUUCAGAUUCUGCUACAACCCUCCAUCCCUGCAUUUUUUUUCAACAUGCAGUAGGGAUGGCGAGCACAGUGGUUAACACUGUUUCAAUUUAAGCAUGAAUGAGCUAAACAUCCAGGAGCGAGUUCUUCAUCCUGGGUGCUUUCCUGACCACUUUUCUUUGACCUCGAAGAAAAACAUCACAGGACAGAUGUGAAGGAGAAUUUAUAAGGACAACCGUGGUGGUCAGAGAAUCCGACUGCACUUACUCUAGGCUUCAGAUAAAAUAAGAUUUGGUAAUAAAGGGGGUUUUCAGUGUAUACAUAAGGUACAAUUUACCAUCAAUUAACUCUAACUUCAGCUGUUCCAUCAACUCACACUUUACCUGAAAUCCAAUCAUUAUAUAACACUAGUUGUCAUCCUUCAUUUUGGGUCUCUUCUUUUUAACAAAUGUUGGAUACUUUCAAGUAGCCAUUUGUUUUAAAUUUUAUAUUUUAAUAUUUAUAUUAUAUUGAAAUAAAGCCGUUCACUGAGACCACUGAUGAAUUUAAGUAUAUUCAUCAUGAGUCAAUGCAGUUUGAAGACCUUCAUUAUUUCAGUUUGGUGCUUAUAUGUGGCACAUUUUUAAAUGAAUGUGUUUAAUCAAAUCACCACACACACUCUUGGUGGCUUUUUUCCCCCUAAAGACACAGAAGGACAUAUGGUGAGAUGAUGUGAUCUGCUGGUCCCAGUCUGAACGCUCACUCUUUAUCAAUACUGUCUGAAUGCAGUCUGACUGAAGUUGAAAAAUAAACCUACAUUUUAUAACCUA